AAGUCGCUGACUCGGGGCUUUGCUAAGGGGAGGGGCCACUGUUUGGUCAGGUAUAAAAGGAAAAGGGUUAAACCUGGUCCGACAACAACAACACACAGGAACAACUCAUCCAGCAUGAGCAACACCGGCAUGAACAUGAGGGGCAAGAUCAUCUUCUACGAGGACAGGAACUUCCAGGGUCGCUCCUACGAGUGCAUGAGCGACUGCUCCGAUAUGUCCUCCUACCUGAGCAGGUGCCAGUCCUGCCGGGUGGAGAGCGGUUGCUUCAUGGUGUACGAGCGCCCCAACUUCAUGGGGAACCAGUACUUCAUGAGGAGGGGCGAGUACUCCGACUCCAUGAGCAUGAUGGGCAUGCGGGACUGCAUCAGAUCCUGCCGUUCCAUCCCCAUGCACAGAGGCCAGUUCCGGCUCAAGAUCUUCGAGAGGGAGAACUUCAGCGGCACCAUGCACGAGCUGCACGAGGACUGCGACAACAUCAUGGACCGCUUCCGCAUGAACGACUGCAUGUCCUGCCAGGUGAUGGACGGCCACUGGCUGCUGUACGAGCAGCCCCACUUCCGCGGCAGGAUGAUGUACGUGAGGCCCGGAGAGUACCGCAGCUUCAGGGAGAUGGGCAUGAGCAACAUGAGGUUCAUGAGCAUGAGACGCAUCAUGGACUCCUGCAACUAAACGUUCACUGAAUGUUCAACCCUGCAAUGAAAUAAAGUACU